CUGUGAAAUGUACUUGACGUUGGCAAUAAUUUUCGGACGCGUGGAGUGAAACGUCAGCCACGUACGAAAAUCUGUCAUCGCAAUAAUUUCUCCUUUCGGAUUUAUUUCGUUGAAUAAUACGGAGAAACAAGACAGAAUGGCUGCGAAAUUGUUGUCGUUGGUUCUUAUCAUAGCCGCCGCGGUGUCGGCUGACGAUGAGCCGACGGUUGCUCGGCUACUGGUAUCCAAACAAGUGCUGAACAAGUACCUAGUGGAGAAUAUGGAUAUCUUGGUGAAAUACACACUGUACAACGUUGGAACUGCCCCCGCCGUGGACGUGAAGCUGGUAGACAAUGGCUUCCACCCGGAGGCGUUCACUGUUGCGGGCGGCCAGCUGUCGGCUGAGAUUGAUAGAAUCGCUCCUCAGACCAAUGUAUCUCAUGUAGUGACUGUCCGGUCAAACAGAUCUGGAUACUUCAAUUUCUCCUCUGCUGAAGUUCAGUACAGACCCAGUGAAGAUGCUACUGAGAUCCAGUACUCAUUCAGCAGCUCACCAGGUGAGGGGGCUAUCGUAGCUUACAAGGACUUCGAUCGCAAGUUCUCAUCCCACAUCCUGGACUGGGCCGCAUUUGCCGUCAUGACCCUGCCGUCCCUCGCUAUUCCGUUUGGCCUCUGGUACUCAUCAAAGAGCAAAUAUGAAAAGCUUGCCAAACCCAAGAAAGGCCACUAGGUAGUUAGUUAAUUAAUAGGCCUUUGCUAAUGUUAUAUGCAUUUAGGUAGUUAGUCUAUUAACCUUUCAGUAUAGGGUGUUAUUUGUCCUGUACUGUCUUGGGUGUUGUAGCAAUAUGUUUUAUCAAAAUGAAUUAAAGAACCAUAAUUUUUCAUUAAAACAGUUAUAGAUGUAUCAAAUUGUGUUAUGUUAACACAAUGUUUUGAUUGUUUAAGAUUAGAAGUUAGCACAAUUUGUAUAUAAUUUUUAUUGCUUGUAGCAUGUCAUUCAAUGUUGUGAUUUAAUAUCGAAUAAUGCGUAUCACAUUAGCAGUGCUUGAUUAUCAUCAAAUCAUCACUUCAAUUGUUCAUCUUCAUCUUUACAUUGUUAUAAUUUAUACGAACAAUAAAAAAUAAGUUUUUUUUAAA